UUUUUUUAGAAAAGCUCUUGUACCGGUCUUGGUUGUUUCUGUUUCUAUGAGGUCACAUUUCCUGCAUGUCUGUAUGCAUUUUCUUGAGAGUACUUGUAGCAGCACUAUAUUGGCUUUGUAUUUUUAAAAGGCUUUCUUGGCUAAAUCACCUUCACAACCUUUUUCUUCCACCUUUUCCUCACUUAUUCUAAAUACAGUUGUUUUCAUUUCUUCAACUUUAAUCAUUAAGUACUUUUUCUUGGCCACAACAAUCAAGCAUUUGUGUAUUUGCAGUGGAUUUACAGUAAAUAAUAAUAAUAAUAAAGGUCUCAUGUAUAGCGCCUUAUCCUUACCUUAAGGACAAGCUGAAGGCGCUUCACAAAAAUAAAUAAAUAAAUUUUUAUAGCACACUCUACAUAAAACUCUUUGAUAUCCAGAUUUUCAGCCCUAUGGACAGUCUCCUGAUACCAUCAUAUGUCUUAUCAGUCAAGGCCAAAAGAAACCCUAUAGCAAGCUUCUUUACAAAAAAGUAACUUAUCCUGCAUCACACCCUGUCUCACAUGUGCUGUAAUAGAUUUACACACACUGUGUUCUAUACAGGUGCUGCAUAUGUCAUUGCAACUCAUGCCUUAUGUACCAGCUCUGCAGGAGUCAUUACAAUAGCUUCCCUGAUAUCCAGGCAUGCAGUCAAUUGGACAGUCACCUGCUACGAUAUUGCAUGUUGUUGCCUUAGAGCAGUUGCCGCACUUGCUGAUACAGUUGAUGACCAUACUUUACAUUAGGGUAGCUUGUACCCUGAAGUAUAUCCUUUGUCAUAGCUACCAAUGGAGAGAUUACGCAGACUAUUUUCUGUACAGUUGCCACACAUUUCCUUGCAGUCUAUGCCAUAUGUAUCAGUUGAGCAUAGUUUAAUGCAGACUGAUAUUCCAGCAUUACAUGACCUUAAUCUCCUGGUGAGGCAUUGCAAGUUUUUCCUUUGAAACAGCUACCACAUGUGUUUCUUACAUGUUGCUUUACAAUACAGCAACCGAUAUCCAGGUACACAACCUGUUGAGCACACCCUAUAUACUGGGUUAUACGAUCUUCCCAUAACGGCUGCUUGUGCAGUGGACAUCAUAUGAUCAUGCUGCAUGUCAUAUUGCAGUAUGGUAAACAGUAUCCUGCUGUACAGCCUUGUACGCACACUCCUGUUACAGGAUAACAUGUUUGCAACAAGCAGUUUCCACUUCUUUUAACACAGUUUACACCAUAAUAUGAAUUGUUGCAUACUGCACAGAAAACUAGAAAUGGUUUUUGUUUCAGUUGCUGUAUUUUAAUUUUGCGACCAGCCAGUGAUGGACUGGAAAUGUCAAUGUUUUCAGGUAUGUUAAUGUAGUCCAAGAAAAAAUGAUAGCCCUUUACAUCAUCAAGGCUUGUUACUGCAUUCGUCAAGGUAUUUCUGCCAACUUAACUUUACUGCAAAUGAAUCAUACUGUGACAGGACAACAUCACAACUUGUUGGAACAAUUGCAGAAAAAGAAUCAGAAUUAGCGCAGACAUUACAGUUGAAAGAAAAGGUUCCAAAAAAAUGAGACAAGUGAUGAAGACACAGAAACCAAUCUAGAAACAGGCAAUGCCACAGGUCCACAGAUCACCAGCACACACAAAACCUGAUGCAAAGGGGUAAGAUGAAAUGUGAUGAAGAGCUGCCACCCACAAGCCAUUUAGGCAAAGGGACAUCACUCGCCUUUAUAUUACAUUACCUUCUCUCACUGCAGCAGUUCUCUCAGGAAAGAUGGUUAUUGCAAUCCAUGUUACUUCAGACUACCCAAAUGUUAUCUUUGUACCUAUAUGCUAGCCACUGAGCCUAUCUUUUUGUUGUUUGUCUUGUUUAGGCAGCCUUUACUAAAAUUUUACAGUUCUCCACUUUACACAUAAUGUGACUUUUAGCUGUAAUAGCUGACACAAGACUAUUGUUGAUUUGAAGCCCCAGUAUCUGGUACUAUCAAAACCUUUCAUGCCUCUUUAAUUAUUUCACUGUCUUUUUGCUGCUGAAUUCAUUUCCUGCCCUGUUAUGAGAAUCGUCUUCAUAGAGAGUUGGCAGCUGCUGCAGCUGCAAACAAAGUCUUGUGGAUACAAUUUCUCAGGUAUAUUUUUAAUCUGUUUGAGGGAUGUGGCAUAGUCCUCAGACUGCAGUCAUGUUCGAUUUGUAGCAUUUAUUCUAAUUUCAUGUGAAAUCCUUCAUAACAUUUUGAUGAUCAUUUUUGUACCUAUUCGUAUUUAAAUGAUACAUAAGGCAUCCACUAGAGACCUUCGUUUUUUUUGUCUAUCAGAAACAUGUUGUUUUAAGUUAGUUUCUGGUCUUUUAGUUUUCUCACUACUGACCUUUGCCCUGUUUCGUUUCGCUAACCAUAUCUCCCUUUAAGAGAACAACUUUACAAUAACUGCAUAACAUCAAGCUUUCUGUCCUGUCCUGCAAUGCACCUAAAGAGGAAGAGGACAAAGAAGACUACUACAACUUGGCAGUGAUGGAAAACAUAAUAGUAGUACAGAGAGAUUUCAACACUAAAGUAGAAAACGUUGGAUAUGAUGGUAUUUAUCCUGAAGUGGGUUUUGCACUGAAUGUGAUCAACAAAUAUUUUACCGAGUACUAUCCCCGUGCAGCUGCUAUAGCAGAGGAGCUCCAUCUAUUAGGAUUCAGAGAAAGACUUGUGUACACGACACAUCCAUGGCUUCUGCACUUGUAUUUGAAUUGUCCUUCAAUGAUGCUGGCUAGCAAUGUUUCCUUAAAGUGCCCUUCUCGCACAGAGGUGGAUACAGUGCGGCGGGCAGUUGCUAUGGGAGAUGUUGUGUGGCAUGCAGGUCCCAUGAAUAUGCAGUUUGAGAAUUUCAUGGAUCCUGUCAUGCUGGACUUGUCUUUGAACAUUAGCACAAAUCUAGACAGAGAAUUUGGAAUCAAUAGAACGACACCAGUUGUGAGCCAGCGAGAUGUGCCAGGGAUGACCAAAGCUGUGAUUCCUAUCAUGAAAAAGCAUAAUAUAUCGGCAAUCACAGUGGGUGUAAACCCGAUGACGAGCCCUCCUGCUGUUCCACCUCACCCCUUUGUCUGGAAAUUAAGUCCCCAGGAUAAUGAUGAAGAUGGCAUUAUUGCUUUUUGGCAUCCAGGAGGCUAUCCUAAUAAUCCUGGAAGAUUUCCUACUGCAGCAGGAGGAUCGUCAGUCAAAGACUGUCUGUUUGCAGAAGAUGAUAAUGCCUUCCCAGAAACACUGUGCUUUGCUUUCCGUACAGAUAACUCUGGCCCACCAGACACCUUGGCGGAGGUUCUGAGCAACUUUGAGCUUGUUCGAGGCCAGUUUCCCAAUGCAGUUGUUCAGGGAUCUACGUUGGAUGAAUAUGUAUCUUCACUGAAGGCUUCAGGCACUACCUACCCGACUGUCACCCAGGAGAUUGGGGACACCUGGAUCAUGGGUGUGCAGUCAGAUCCGAAGAAGAUGGCUAUGUACAGGGCUUUUGUGAGGGUGUUUACUGAUUGCCUUAUUAAAGGGUCAUGCCAGCCUGAUGAUCUAAGAAUAUCCCAAACUGUGUUUUACAUCACCAAGAUUCCUGAGCACACAUGGGGACUUGAUUCCAUCCCUGACUGUUACAACUGGUCCAAUGCUGCCUUCCAGAAGGCUCGGUCAGGUCAAAACUACACAGAUCGUAUAGCAGCUUGGGAGGAGCAGCGGCAGUUCAUGGAUCUAACCUUGGAAAGCUUGGCUUCACAUCCCAUUGUUGCAUCUGUCAAAACUGAAUUUAUGAACCUGCAGCCUACUUUACCUUAUCUUUCAGAGUACGAAAUAGCUAGCACUACUGAUCAGUUCAAGUGUGUUGAUGGCACAGUUCUCGCAUUUGCAUCUGAUGGAUCACUAAACCGGCUGUUUGAUCCAAAUAACAAAGUGGAAUGGGCAACUGGUGGAUUCAGGAUGGGUCAAAUCCUGUACAACACCUACAACGAAUCUGACUAUGACUACAUGUCUAAGCUGUACGACUAUAUUGGUGGUGCAGGCUUCCACAAGGAUAAUUCUACACUCACAGGGCUUCUGAUUACGCAAAAAAUUGCGUACAGUACGCAUUAAAAGUUCGGAGGACCCCUUCAAUUUUCAUCAAUGGGGUCCCAGGGGACCCCUUCAAAUUUGGGCGAAGAACAAAUACAAAAUUGGUUUUGCAGAUUGUGGUUCAGUGGUUUAACAAAGUUCCUACUUGGUUGUCGGAAGCUAUUUCAUUUGGUUUCAACCCCAACCCCAGGCCGUCUUCUGUGUGGACAAUGUCAAAACUGGGAGAACUAAUAGACCCAAUGGAUGUCAUGUUAAAUGGAAGCCAGUAUCUACAUGCAAUUAACAAGGGAGUGUACUACUUAAAUAAGAACCAGACAGGAUUGCAGAUUCUCAGUCCAGAUGUGGCCCUCCUGACUCUAGGCACAGCCUCAUGUCCACCAUCUGUCUUCCCUGUGCCUCUGACAACCCCAACAGAACCAUUUAUUUCAGUAGCCUACAAUAUCUACAACAACAUGUGGAACACCAAUUAUAUAUAUUGGUAUCCAUUCUUUCAGGAAGAUCAGAACUUUAAAGCUUGCUUCUAUGUCAAUUUUGUGUGAAGGUAUCAAAUUCCAGCACAUAUAAGUCCCACUUCCAUUAAAUGACAAAAUAUUUUAUAUUAAUAAAAAAUUUUCACUUUAAAUGCCUGCCAGUGAUAUACUUUAUCAAUUCUGGUGUCAUGCACUUAAGUGCCUGCUGUGAUAAUAGAGAGCUUUGAGGGUUACUCUGGGUGCACUGUUUCAAAUGUCUGUUACAUAUUUGUUAUCUGCAGAAUUGUAUAAAUAUUGAAGAAUUCUUUUUUAACCUAUACUUUAACUCUGAGAGAAGCUGUUUGCAGAAGGCAGCUUAAAUACACAGCCAUGCAGUUGUCAUGAAAAAGUAGAUGCACACACUUUCUCUUUUAUCUUCAUGUUACAGUUAUGUAUGCAAAUGUUGUAUAAUAGAAGUUAUGCAAAUGUUGUAUAAAAGAAGUUAAUGGCAUUAAAAUAAAAUCUG